AUGGAGACAUCCUUGCAGGGACACGAACAAAAUGGCACUGUGCACAUUGACAAAGACAAACAUUUCGGAAGCUUCAAAUUAGGGGACAUGCAUUGGGAAGGUGCCACUGCCGGUGAGGAAGUCUUUCCACCUGGGCAGGAAAAUACAGGUGACAUAAUAACUAACUGGGAGGCACAACGAACAAGGGGAAACCAUCGACUAAGUAGAAAGCUGGUAGACAUUUCCAUCCUCAAGAAUGUUUUAAAUGUGUAUUUCCUGUUUGACAGAGAUAACGUUGGGCACAUCGACAAGAAGUAUGCCUGUUAUGUAAUUCAGAUGAUUUACGAAAAUGAUGCAAAUUUUAUGGUAGAAAAUGUUAAGUUAAAUGGAGGAGACGCUGUUGGUGAGAAGGAGGAAAGACGCAAACUCUUUGCAAAGGAUGCACGGAAGGAGCAGGCAUUUUUCUGCACCAAAUCCUUCGCAACCCUUUUGCUAAUCCUCUUGAGGGACGUAUCUGCGUUCCAACCUGUGGGUGAGUUUAUAACGAAGGAAGUUUUUAUUGAUGUAGUGACUCAAUUUGUACGGAGUAGCACACACGAUAGGAAUAGGCAUAUGUACGGAAUGAUGAAGUACCCACAGAAUAUGAUCACCAAGUUUUACAACUAUGUGCAUUAUUUGAAAGACCUGGAUAGUGAACGGAAAAAGCAGGAAAUCAAAAUUAAGAAGAAAACAAAGGAAUUGAAAAGUAUAUUUGUCCUUGAUGACAAAUUAGUAAAUGCCGAUUUGGAUACUCACAUCAAACAUUUUAACGAAAGAACGAGGAAGAAGUUACAAAAUAUUAAGAUAGAAACGGAUGCUCGAGAAAUGAAGGAAUGCACAUUUUCCCCAGAAAUUGCCAAGAAGCCACUGUAUUUGUUAAACAAAAAAUAUGAGACAAAAAUGAAAAAAUUAUAUGAAGACAAAAACAUGUAUGGGAAGUACACCACAAUUGGCAUAACCUACGACUUAGACGAUUCGAUUGAGAGGACGUUGCAUUUGCCGGAACGUGUCUGUUUCGACAGUGAUUAUGCGCCUUUUACAAAUUUUAGCGAUUUGCAACAUGUAGACGGUGAGAGUAAUGGCCAACCGGAGAUCCAGCUGAAGUAUAUAAUUCACCAGGGGUAUGCAAAACCGAAGAAAAUACACUGGAACGAUACGCUCAGGAAUAAACGGGCCGUGUCGCUUAGAGAAGUGGAUGAGGAUCUCCUACAGGGUAAGGAAGCUGUAAUGCAAAAGGCAGCCAAGGGGGAAGAGCCACACGUGUAA